AUGGUGAGAGGAGAUGAUCAACUUAAUGGUUUGCAGGGAGGGAAGAGAGCGUUAGAUAUUUUAUGUGUAGCGACGGAGAGAACGGUUAGCGCUUUUGCAUAUGAGGAAAUAGGAGAAACAUCCACUGAAGGUGAUAAAAGGAGGGAGAGACUGAGAAGACUGAGAAGAUUAAUUAAUUACAGUCUGAGCACAACUAUGAAUUCCAGCUUGAGCAAACGACUGAAGAUUGAUGAGUGCAAGAAUCAAGACCCGGAACAAAACCCUAAUCGUGUUGCUUCUUCUCCAAGUUCGUGCCAUCUAGAGUCCAAGAGGCCUCAAAAAGUGGUUUCAAACAAACCGGUAAGAAACAGAAAGCCGGUUAUAGUGACAGAUGAAGAUAGGACACCGACGGAAUGGCUGAUUGACGUGAUGAGAGAAGUGAACGGUAUGGAUGCAAAGCUGAUAUUUGUGAAGGUUCUUCCCAAUAGUGAUGUCGACGAACUUCAGACACGUCUUAUGAUGCCCUGGAAGCAGAUACUAGAUAUGGACUUCUUAAACGAGGAAGAGUUAGAAAAAAUAGAUAGACAUCACAAAAAGAUUAGUGCCAGUGACAAAGGAGCGGAUGUGAUCGUGGUGAAUUCUAAGGGUCUACAGAGGAAGCUUAAGCUCAAGAGAUGGGAUAUGACUUCCACUUCCAACUACGUCUUAGGUUUAGGAUGGAACAAGGUCGUCACCGAUAACAUUCUACAGAGAGGCACUAGGCUUCGGAUCUGGUCCUUCCACUCCCCAGACAUGCUCUUUUUCGCCUUCGUUCUUUCAGAUCCAGAUCCAGCUCCGACUGAGUGCCUAAAUUUAUUGGCUAAAUUGUGCGAGGAGACGACUUGUCUCGAGGCUUUACAAGAGGCAAAUAGGAUGAGCUCACUCGUCUCGGACACAGAGCUGGACCUCGAGCUCCGGUUGUAG